AUGGCUUCCCUUGGUCUGUCUCAGACAGCUCUUCGUCUGUCUGUUCAGACUCUCAAGACUACCACUCGAUCUGCCUCUCAGGCUGUAUCUCCUCCCUCCCCCUCUCCAAACCCUUUAUGGCUCACGACCAUCAAACGCCGCAUCGGCCGCUGUCUGAUGUUCGGCCUGAACCCCCCGCAGAUCCAUGCCGCGGGCUCCCUGCUCGCCAUCCUAGCCAGGGACUGGCGUGGCUUCCUGGUCGGCAGUGAAGGCUUCCUCGUUGACACGGCUGUUUCCCAGGACGUCACUUGGGGGGAGAUGCUAAGCCACGUCAAUAAUGUCACCUACGUCCGCUACGCUGAAAGUGCACGCGUCAACUUGAUGCGCCGCAUCGCACACCUCGACCCCGAUCACGCCUCGGAAUGGCGCCAGCUCGUCGGUUCAACCGCCGUCGGCCUGAUUCUGCGCAGUAUCAAGGUUGACUACAAAUUUCCAAUGACGUACCCCGAUAGAAUCACCGUGUACCAUAAACUAGCCCAGCCGUGUGAAACAGCACAGCCGGCGUUUGAAUUCCAGGUGGUCAUUCUCUCCGAGGCGCGCCAACGUCCUGCAGCCCGUUGUCAGGAGGAUAUCGUCACUUACGACUACCGCCUCGGUCGGAAGACCGCCGCUCUCCCGCCUUUUAUGCUGAGCCAGUUCCGCGCCAUGUGGGAUGCCCAGCUGGCAGCCCGCGAGGAAUGGUGCACUCGCACUGCUGAGAUCGAGCGGCUGGUGCGUGGUCUAGAGGUCGACAGUUGGGACCGUCCGGAUGCUGUCGAGGAUAUGGGGACUGCUUAG